UUGAAUUUUCCAAACUUCUAGAAUAGAAAUUCGAAAUUGGAAAUUUGGAAUUAAAAGGCGUGUCUAAAAUUUGAAAGAAGGUGUGGCUAAUUACAGAAUGGCAGAAAGUGGGAGCAAAUUAUAUUUGGGACUGGAUUUUAGCACACAGCAAAUCAAAGCAACUAUUAUUGAUGAUUCACUGGAAUUGCUGUUAGGAGACUUUGAUACUAGCGUCUCUUUUGAUGAUCUCAGGCAAUACAAUACUUCUGGUGGUGUGAUUAGACAUGAAGAUGGCAGGACUGUCACUGCCCCUACCAUCAUGUGGGUGGAGGCUCUUGAUAUCCUUUUGAACAAGUUGAAAUCUUUAAAUUUUCCAUUUGAGAAAGUGGCAGGAAUAUCCUCAAGUGGGCAGCAGCAUGGGUCUGUAUACUGGCGUAAGGGGUCCGAGGAAGUCCUAAAAUCACUGGAACCCUCACAAACACUAGCUUCCCAAUUGCAAUCUGUGUUUAGUAUACCUCAGUCCCCAAUAUGGAUGGACUCCAGUACAACUGAGCAGUGCAAGCAGUUGGAGCAACAGUGUGGAGGGUCAUUGGUUGUUGCCAAGAAAACUGGAUCAAGAGCUUAUGAGAGAUUCACUGGGAACCAAAUUGCAAAGCUGAACAUAGUUGAUACUGUCAAUCUUAGAGACACUGAGAGGAUUUCACUCGUGAGUAGCUUUGGAGUUACUCUUUUUGCUGGUAAUUAUGCUCCAAUUGAUUACAGUGAUGGAUCUGGAAUGAAUCUACUGGACAUACAGAGCAAGAACUGGUGGCAAGAAGCACUUGAUGUUUGCUGCCCUAACCUUAAAGAUUUGCUUGGUGAACCAGUUCCCUCAAACACUGUAGUGGGUAAUAUCAGUGAUUAUUAUGUUAAGAAGUAUGGGUUUAGUCCAGAUUGUAAGAUUGUUGCAGGCACUGGUGAUAAUCCUUCAUCAUUGGCAGGCAUGACAUUGCAAGAAGGAGAUGUUGAGGUUAGUUUGGGUACUAGUGAUACAGUGUUCCUGUGGAUAACUGAAGCUGAUCCUCAACUGAUGGGGCAUGUGUUUGUGAAUCCUGUGGACAGCUUAGCAUUCAUGGCUCUACUAUGUUAUAAGAAUGGAUCACUAACAAGACAGAGGAUUAGGGAUCAAUGCAGCAAUGGUGACUGGACGGAAUUUGAACAGUUACUAGCUUCAACUAACCCUGGAAAUGGAGGAUGUAUUGGGUUUUAUUAUGAUGAUCCUGAGAUUACUCCACCAGUUGUUGGUGUUCAUCGUUUCUCAUCAGAUGAUACACCAGUUGAUUCAUUUACUCCAGAGACAGAAGUGAGGGCAGUAGUUGAAGGACAGUUUCUUGCUAAAUACAUCCAUGCCUGUUCUCUUGGCUAUCGUAUCACGCCUUCUUCUCGCAUUCUAGCAACCGGAGGUGCUGCAGAAAACAAACAAAUUCUGCAAAUACUGGCUAAUGUCUUUAAUGCGUGUGUGUAUACUGGAGUCACUACUAGUUCAGCUAGUCUGGGAGCUGCUUACAGAGCUAAACAUGCUUUGAUGGAGCCUGGCACUUCAUUUGAAACUAUUGGACAACUAGCACGCUCUGUGUAUCCCUAUAGCCUGGGAGUAGAGCCACAGAGGGAUGUACACGAAAAGGUGUACCAACCAAUGGCCGAAAGAGUUGAAAGUCUUCUGGCUCAGCUUCCAACUUUCCAAUGAAUGAUGACAUUUUUUCUAUUUUUUUGUAGCUAUGCUAUUUUUAUUUUUUGCAUUGAAGUUAAAAAAAAUUAA